AUGGAGUUUUAUUUGGAGAUUGACCCCGUUACCCUGAACCUCAUCAUUCUGGUGGCGAGUUACGUCAUUUUGCUGCUGGUUUUCCUCAUCUCCUGCGUGCUCUACGACUGCAGGGGGAAGGAUCCCAGCAAGGAGUACGCUCCCGAGGUCCCCACGGCCACGCAGCCUCCCAUCCGGCUGGUGGUGAUGCAGCAGGGCGCCCCCGGCACCCGCUGGGCCAAGGGGCUCGUCUCCGCCUGCGGAAACCCCUCCGAGCUGCCGGGGAAAAGGACUACGGCCGUGUAA